CCCACCCAAAAUCUAGAGAGAGAAACAACUUCAAUUGCAAACCACACACAAAUCACAAUCACAUUCCUUUGUGAAUCAAUUUCUCAUUGCUCAUCUAUCUAUCUCUCACGCAAAUCAAAACAAUUUAUUAGUAUAUAAAUUCCAUUUUCUUUUUCUUUUUCUUCUGGGUCAUUUUAUCGAACACAACACAUUACUACGAUAAAACUUAAAAAUCAAAAACAGAGAGAAAGAGAGAGAUUAAAAAAAAGAAAAAAACAAUUUUUGAUGGCAGCGUUUGGGAAAUGCAGCAACACUGUUGAUUCGUUUGUUCCUACUAGUUUCUUUUUCAAUAAUCACAGUUCAUCACACAAACACAAACCCCUUUUCUAUUAUUUUCAUUUUCCUCCAUAAUCUUAAUUAUUAUUCAUUCUUGUGUUUUUUGUUAUUCCCCAAAUCUAACCGCAUAUCUCAAUCACACACAAACCCAUAUAGAGAGAGAGAGAGGGAAUCUGAAAUGUUAGAGAGAGAAGCUCUGGCUCUGGCUUGUUGUUCAUUAGGGUUCAAUUUGUGAGUGUUUUGUGCGAGUGUGAGCUUGAUUUUUUGGCUAUGGAGUGUGGUUCGGAGGAAGAGAACAAGAAGAAUACACCAGAGGGGGAGAACAAGGUCAAGCGCAAAAUGAAGUCUGCUUCACAGUUGGAGCUUCUUGAGAAAACUUAUGCUGUGGAGGCCUACCCUGGGGAGGUGCUGCGGGCUGAGCUAUCUGAGAAAUUAGGUCUGUCAGAUCGUCAAUUGCAGAUGUGGUUCUGUCACCGGAGACUGAAGGACAGGAAGGCUACGCCGGGGUCCAACAAGCUGCUAAAUGACUCACCGCCGACUUCAGGUCCAGUUGGUGAGCGUGCUGAACAAGUAGCAAAGGCUGAUGUCAAGCAUGAUGGUGGUGUGGCUUCUGAGUUGAGGCCAUUUGGUCAUCCUGACUCGUGGCGAGUUGUGCCACAGCCUGGGAUUAUGGCCUUUCCUAUUAUGGGGGCUGCUGGGUUGCCUGCAAUGGAGAGCAGUAGUUACAAUGAACCUCAUCAGACCAGAGAGGAGCUGCGAGCUAUUGCAUUUAUGGAAAGACAGUUGGGGGAGCCAUUAAGAGAGGAUGGACCGAUUCUGGGAAUGGAAUUUGAUUCUUUGCCACCGGGUGCAUUUGGUGCACCAAUAGGGGCUGUGACAAUGGGUCAACACAGGCAAUCUGGAAGGACCUUGGAGGCAAAAACUUAUGAACAGCUGGACAAGGGUGUUUCAUCAAGGACUCUCCAUGAAUAUCAAUUUAUUCCAGAGCAGCCAACUGUUAAAAUCGAGAAAUAUGAGAGAGUUUCCCCCUCCAUCCACUUUAGUUCUCCUGAUGGCAUUCCACAUCGUAGGACAUUAUUACCUAGUGGGCGAUCUUGCCUUAAUGGGAAUGAAUCUGCCCCUUAUGGAUAUGGAGUUCAAGGUCAGAUACCUCGUCUAAAUCUUUUGUCCGAGCAAGGAAGGCAGAAUCAUCUUUUUCCUUCUGCUUCAGGAGGAAAUGAUGUUCUACAAAAGAACCCGUUUAUUGAUGCAACUUUCGAAACUCAUAAUGGGGCUCACCCAAUAACUCUGAUUGACAGCCCUCUAAUGCCAUCUAAUAGGAGGGUUAUCCAUGAGGAGGAACUUUCAAGGUUUCAAAGGAAGCGAAAGAUUGAAGAGGCUAGAAUGCAACGGGAACUUGAAGCACAAGAGAAAAGAAUUAGAAAAGAGCUUGAAAAACAGGAUAUUCUAAGGCAAAAGAGAGAGGAGCAAAUAAAGAAAGAAAUGGAGAGGCAUAACCGUGAGAGGCAGAAGGAAGAGGAAAGGUUAUUGCGUGAAAGACAGCGAGAGGAGGAGAGGCUUCAAAGAGAACAGAGGCGGGAACUUGAGCGGCGGGAGAAGUUCUUACAGAAGGAAUCAAUCAGAGCUGAGAAACUGAGACAGAAGGAAGAGCUUCGCAGGGUUAAAGAGGCAGCGAGGAUCAAAGCUUCCAAUGAAAGAGCUAUUGCCCGUAGAAUGGCCAAAGAAUCAAUGGAACUUAUUGACGAUGAACGUCUGGAACUUAUGGAGUUAGCUGCAUCAAAGAAGGGGCUUUCUUCAAUACUGGCUCUUGACUAUGAAACUAUGCAAAAUCUUGACUUAUAUCAAGAUGAGCAGACUUCUUUCCCACCAAAGUCAGUACAGUUGAAACAAGCCUUUUCAAUUCAACCUUGGUCAGACUCUGAUGAGAAUGUAGGAAAUCUUCUGAUGGUUUGGAAGUUCUUGAUUACGUUUGCUGACGUUCUUGGAAUAUGGCCGUUUACCUUGGAUGAACUUAUACAAGCUUUUCAUGACUAUGACUCUAGGUUAUUAGGUGAGAUUCAUAUUGCUCUUCUGAGAUGCAUUAUAAAAGAUAUUGAAGAUGUUGCAAGAACACCCUUUACUGGGUUAGGGGCUAACCAAAACAAUGUUGCCAAUUCUGGUGGGGGACAUCCCCACGUUGUUGAAGGGGCAUAUUUGUGGGGUUUUGAUAUAAGAAAUUGGCAAAGUCACUUAAAUCCAUUAACAUGGCCAGAGAUUUUGCGACAAUUUGCAUUGUCAGCAGGAUUUGGGCCUAAAUUGAAGAAACGGAAUAUUGAGCAGGCUCUCUCUGGCAAUAACGAUGAGGGCAGUGAUGGUAAGGAUAUAAUUUCUAAUCUACGCAGUGGAGCAGCUGCAAAAAAUGCUGUUGCUAUUAUGCAAGAGAAGGGAUUAUCUAACCCAAGACGAUCUAGGCAUCGAUUGACGCCUGGCACAGUUAAAUACGCUGCAUUUCAUGUCCUUUCGCUCGAAGGAAGCAAAGGCCUCAAUAUAUUAGAAGUUGCAGACAAGAUUCAGAAAUCUGGACUUCGUGACCUUACAACUAGCAAAACUCCAGAAGCUUCUAUAUCAGCUGCUUUGUCUAGGGAUACAAAACUAUUUGAAAGGACAGCUCCUUCAACAUAUUGUGUACGUCCUGCAUAUAGAAAGGACCCAGCUGAUUCUGUAGCAAUUUAUUCAGCUGCUAGGGAAAGAAUCAGGAUAUUCAAAAGUGGGUUUAUGGAUGCAGAAGACGUUGAUGAUGGUGAAAAGGAUGAAGAUUCUGAAAGUGAUGUGGCAGAAGAUCCCGAGAUUGAUGAUUUAGAAACUGAAACAGAUAAGAAAAAAGAGGUUUCCAAUUCUUUGGGAUUUAGUGAAAACACUGUAAUCGAAAGUAGAAAGGACAAUGGUGAGGUUUUACAAACUACUGAUGCUUGGCCUGAUAAAGUGGAUGAGGGUUUAGCUCCCGUUGUAGCUGAAGGCCUCAACAAACAUAAAAUUGUGAGCACCUCUAGUAAAAUUGCUGUUUGCAGCAAUGCUGUGACUAUUUCUGAUAUAGACGGUGAGGAUGUUGAUGAUAGCAUUCCAGGUGAACCAUGGGUACAGGGGCUUAUGGAGGGAGAGUAUUCAGAUCUUAGCGUGGAGGAGCGUCUUCAGGCUUUUGUUGCUUUGAUUGGUGUGGCAACUGAAGGAAAUUCAAUCCGUGUUGCACUUGAGGAACGUCUGGAAGCAGCAAAUGCUUUGAAGAAGCAGAUGUGGGCAGAAGCACAGCUUGAUAAACGCCGUAUCAAAGAGGAUUAUUUUGUUAAGAUGCAGCCUAUCUCUUAUCUUUGCAAUAAGAAUGAACCAGCUGUUGCAUUUCUAUCAGAAGGGGGUAAACAGUGCGCAUUGCCUACUGCUGACGUAAAACAUGACAAGGAUUUACUCACUCCUUGUGACCAGCUUGAACAGACAAAUGCACUACAGGAAAAUCAAAACAAUCUUCACAGUUCCCCAUUAGAAGUUAACAUGCACAUGCAAGAUUGCUCUACGGGCCCAGAUAAUUAUUCUUUCCAACAAUCAGGAUAUGCUGCUGAAAAAUCAAGGUCAAUUUUAAAAUCAUACAUUGGCCACUUGGCUGAACAGACUUAUAUGUAUAGGGCAUUGCCUCUUGGUUUGGAUCGAAGGCGUAAUCGAUACUGGCAGUUCAUUACAUCUGCUUCUCGUAAUGAUCCUGGCUGUGGCAGGAUUUUUGUGGAGUUACGUGAUGGGUGUUGGAAGCUGAUUGAUUCAGAAGAGGGUUUUGAUGCUUUAUUGGCAUCUCUGGAUGUCCGUGGAAUCAGGGAGUCCUACUUGCAUAUGAUGUUGGAAAGAGUUGAGAUGUCAUUCAAGGAAUCUGUUAGAAGGAAUGUCUUAAAUAGUAACAUGAGAAUGCAAAAUGGGGAUACAGUCAGGAGACUCAAGACAGAAGCUGUUGAAAUGGCUGAGCAAGAUUGCAGUGCUGAUAUUCAUUGUCCUACUACUGUAGGCAUUGAUAAUUUGGAUGCAUCAGAGACCUCAACAUCUUUUGUGGUCCAACUUGGAAAAAGUGAAGCUGAUGACAAAGAUGCUUGUACUAGGUAUCAGGACUUUGAGAAAUGGAUGCGAAAGGAAUGCCUAAAUUCCCCAUUAUUAUGUGCAUUGAAGUUUGGGAAGAAGAGGUGUAACCAACUGCUGGCCAUAUGUGAUGUGUGCCAUCAUGUCUGUUUCUUUGGAGAAGUUCGUUGUCCUUCAUGUCAUAAAACCUUCAGUACUUGUAAGAACAACUCUAGUUCUUCUGAACAUAUUGCUCAUUCUGAAGGCAAGGUGAAGAUUGGCACUGAUUAUUUUUCACCCUCGUCUCCUUUGAGGAUGAGAUUGCUCAAAAUCCUCUUGUCCGUUGUUGAGGUAUCCCUUCCUCAGGAAGCUCUGCUACCUCUUUGGACAGAGAAGUACAGAAAACCUUGGAGUAUAAAGCUGGAAGCUUCCUCAUCAACUGAAGACCUUCUUCAGAUAUUGACUGCAUUGGAAGGUGCCAUAAAGAGGGAGUAUUUGGCUUCAAACUAUGAAACUGCCCAUGAGCUGCUGGGUUCUCUCAGUACUUCUGAAUGCCCCAUUAAUGAUUUCAUAGGUGGUGAAAGGAUACCUGUACUUCCUUGGGUCCCGUGCACAACAUCUGCUGUGGCUCUAAGGCUCAUGGAACUUGAUGCUUGCAUCUUUUACACCUCACGGCAAAAGCUGGAGUCUGAGAAGGAUAAGAAAAUUGGAAUUGUUGUGAAGCUUCCAUCAAAAUAUGCUGCUGCAAAAAAUUCCUACAAUGCUAGUGCCACUGAAACUUCACAUCAGGCUGAGCAUGAGGACUGUGUUGAUCUUGGUGCUGGCCUUGCGAACUACAGCAGAGGACAAAGGGCUCGACAAGGCCGAGUCCAUUCUUGCGGUGGAAAAUCACAAGGAAAAGUUGUUAGUUCAAGAUCCAAAUCUAGAAAGAGAAGUACCAACUCUAAAAACAGAAAAAUGGGCAAAUUACUUGGAUGGAAAGGGAGACCAAGUGACCAAGGAGGACGUGUUCGUGGUCCUCGAAGCAUUAGAAGCUGGCAGAAGCCAGCUGCCAACUUGGACCUAACCAGUGUUGAGAGGGAUACCCCAAAAAAUGUCCCGGAGGAAUCACCUGGUAUCUUUGCCAGAGAGGAGAUUAGUGCUGGUAUUUUGGAAGCCACUGCUCUAAAUGCUAGUAGUUCAGAGAGAUCAGGCUAUGAAGAUGAAAGUUAUCAACCAACAGGCAAUAAGUAUGAUGAUUAUUUGGUGGAUAAUAAUGAUGCAUUUAGUGGGAAACCUGAGAACUUCAUAGACCAGAGCCACUAUAAUGUGGAAGAUUUGGAUAUUGGAGAUGAUGUAGAUGUAGAUGUUGAUGUUGUUGAUGAUGAUGAAGAAUAUGGGCAAGUUGAUGUUGAUGUUGAAGAUUAUAUAAUUGGAGGGGACUCAGAUAUAGGGGACAACAGAGAUUACAGUGAUUAAAAGUAGAAAAACUUAAAUGGAGUGACUCCAUUAGUGUCUAUAAGUUAAAUUUUAUUUUUUUUAGUAAUGUAGGAUUAGGCCAAUGAUCAGGUUUUUUGGGAUAGAAUUUGUAGUGGUAGACUGCAAAAUGAUGAAAGGAAAUUCGUUUCCCCUGCCAUUAUAACAUGUUUCCAACAGCAGGAAAAAUCUUGUUAGCUUAAGGCAAAGUCUUGCAUCCUCAAAGGGGAUCACAUUUUGCACUCUCCGAAAUUCGUAUUGGCUCAUUUUAUAUAUUUAUUUUCACAAUGUUUGUACUACAUUUUUAUAAGAUUAAGUGCAGCUGGAAAAAAAAUUAUUCA